GAGUUGUCGAGAUGCCUACGCGAGGUCUUGUAAAUGUUGUCGCUCGGCAUCGGAGAUGAAGUUUUCAAUGUAAAUCAUCACCGGAGACUUGCUAAAGAUAUGGAUUUUGUAUUGAGAAGGCAAACAUUCGUCGUUUGCUAUAUCGCUUCCUGCGGAUAGUGGUUUUUGGGAGUUUUCGACUGCUGCUGAAGUUCUCAUCAUGUAGGCUGCCCACAGCAGCCAGCUGGUAGAGAGUCGAACCAUUGCGGCGUGAACUGGCAGAUGAUCCCUAGGGUUGUGCAAUGUGUAAAACAGGUAAACAAUAUUAAAGCAACAGAUGAAAAUGAAGGAACGUCCGGGACAAUCGCCAGUUCAAUAACAGUCCGACCAUUCGGCCUCUCGAAACGCGAUGAAACUCGCCGGCUGCGCGCCUUGACCCGUGCGCCGUCACUCCGCGUUUCAGCAUUAUGCAUGAGCUAUCUAAAAGGACGACAAACCCCCAAUUUCAAGCGACUAUGUCCAUGGACUAUUUAGUUUACCGGUAAACUUUGUUAAUAUGCAUUGGUUUGCUUUUUCGGUGUUCGCCAACGUCGUGGCAUGCUCAACGUCGAGCUUCAGCAGCGGCGAAGACGCACGCAAGCGAAUCGCCUCGGACGAAUUUCUAUUGGUUUCUUUUGUAGAGCCGCAACUAGCUUCGAAUAAAGCAUUUCUCGAAGAAUGGAAGAAUGUUGGAACCGAAUUGACUUCGACACUGACAAUUGACUGUUCGCAAGAAACAGAGAUAUGUAAUGACCUCGACGUUCUCUCGUUUCCCGCCAUACGCUUGUACCAAAAGGGAUCAAUGAGUCGAUAUAGAGGCCCCAGGACGUCCAAAGAUAUGUUGUCAUAUGCACAGAGAAUGAAGAAUCCCAUAGUCUCACAGCUCAAGCCAGCGUUGGUAAAGGAGUUUUCCGAGUCUGACGAUCUUGUAGUCCUGGCAGUGGUAUCUGCAGAUGAUAAAAGCUUCCGAAAGAGGUUCGAAGACUUGGCCACAACCUAUCACGAUAGGUACAGCUUUGGCCUUGUCGAUGGUGAUUUGAGCAGUGUCAGCUGCCAUAACAACAUGGACUCCACGCAACAUCAGGCACAAGAUUUAGAGCAAGUCGGCUCUCUAAAAAGACUCCUGGAGGUUUGCAAAGAACCCUUGAUUCCACAGCUGACAAGGCGCAAUGAAAUCAAGUACAUGAGCGGUUCAAAAUCUUUGGUAUACUACUUUCACCACGACGAGACCGACCGAGAACAAUACGUCAAUGAUAUGCGUGAAACAGCGCGAACAUACCACGAGUUUCUGACUCUGGUGACUGUUGAUGCGGACGAGUAUCCUCAUAUGCCUACUAGUCUGGGGCUUGUGGGAAAGGGCGGCCUGGCAGUUCAGAAUCUUCACAAUGGCGAAGUAUUCCCGUAUGAAGAGAAAGAGAUUACCGCAGGGGGAGUCGCCAAUUUUAUAUUUGCCAUUUCUGAGGGUCAAGUGAGCCCGUGGGAUGGAGUUGUAAAGGCGCCACAUGUGCGCGAUGAGUUGUAAUGUAUUCAUGAUACGAAGUGUCAUAUGUGAUUCUGCGGGCACAGGACAUUAAAUAUAUACAUAAUGACCUUUUUGGGCUGCGCCCUCAUAACCACGUUCUCGCAGAGGCUAUGUGAUGCGUUAUCAUCUGCAUACGAUGGAGGUAGGCGACGAUCAACGGCGAGAAGCUGCACUCGCUUCCAUACACAGACGACGGAUGGUACCACCCCAUUGCUACAAUGCACCAUGUAUCGUCCGAGGAGCUAUCUAAGCUGGAUGAAUUUUGAACGAGUGCGAGGGUACGAAACUCCCGUGCCCAUCCGCGAACUGUACAAGGAGUUUGUACAUCCUUUGACAACUGCCGUAAGGUCUGCGAAAGCACUAACGACUGCUCCCAGUUUAGUAGCUUCGCGACGGGUCUGUGCAAUCGCAGAUGGCGGCACAUUUACGCCCUAUGUGCCCGAGAUAAACAGCGGUAGCAUUGACAGUCACCGACGGAGCGGGUUGGAUAUGCGCAAGA